UUGUAUUGGAAUAAAAAUAACUGGGCAAUUGCUAAAAGAUAACACACAACAGCAAAAGAUUGCAGAAGAAAAAGUAAUACGCUUAGAAAAACAAGAUGCUGCAUCAAAACAAACAACAUGCAUUGAUGAGCAGCGUCAAAAGUGUGAAAAUCAAAUUUCUAUGGUUAAAAAUGUUAUGAAACCAUUAUUAGGUGAAAAUCUAGUCAAUUGUCCUGUUCUUGUAUUUAUACAUAAGGAUGAAAUUAAAACAAUCAAUAGUCUCUUCAGUGUACAAAGACCGAAGUCUCGAUUGCACAAAAUCGUGAAUGAAGAAAAUACUUAUGUUCUGAUGUUGCCUGAUUAUUGCACAUUGCCACCAGAUUUGAAAAUGUUCUCCUCUUUUGGCCCUGUUAUAAGUGUGGAAAUAAAACCUAAACAGGGUUUUCUAUCCAAGGAGUUGUUCUUGCCAUCAGAUUGUUCAUCCAGUUCUCUCCUCAUGUGUCGGUUUUGUAUGAUGCAGCACUUUAAGUUGAGAAGAAAAGUGAUAAGUUCAAAAAGUACAUAUUGUCCAACAGACUUAUUUAGCGGAUGUCCAGCCAGAAUGCAGCAUGCUUUAAAGAUACUUCUUCAAACACCUCGAAAUAACCUUAGAAUAUUUAAAGAUCAAGAACUUGUGUAUUCAGAGGAGAAAAGAAAUGAUUUAGAAGAUGUGCUAUUUGAUUUCUUUGGUGAUAUUUCUGCCAGUUACUGUGAUGUCUUUUGCAACCUAGUCAUUGACAUAUUGUUGAAGCCUCUUCCUGGAAAAAUGAAUGAAAAUGUUAAACUUUUCCAAAAAAACCAUUUACAGAAGUGCAGAAAUGCAUAUCCUGGCUGUACUGAAAAUGAUUUUUGCCAUGACUUGCCAAUUGGUUGUGUUUUGUAUCGAAUUCUUUGUCUUCAAAUGCUGGAUAAUCUUCAUAUAAAAAAUUUAUAUCAUGCAUACCUUGAAAUGCAAAAAAUUAAAAACAAGUCCCCGGAUUAUAUUGGUUGUUAUUCCAUAUCUGAAACCCCACCCCACCUAGGUGAAAUUUGCCAAGCAAAAGGAGAAACAGACAUUGAAUAUGCGUCUAGGAAGGUAUGGGAAUUUCUUGUAGCACUUAUUGCACAAGAUUGUUCUAUAAUGCUUGUCCUAAAAAAGUAUUCUGGAAACAACACUGCCAUCCCUAGUCAUAAUGUGGUUCAUGAUAAAGAUGGAAAUUCCUAUCUUUUCUCAAUUGCAAUUGCUGAUUUGGAUGCAAAAUCAUUGAGUAAAGUGGAAAAACGCUACAAAGAAACACCUCUGAUUUUGCAAUCAUGCUUAAGUCAAUCUGUGUAAUGAAUACUUCAUUAAAGUUAGCUGUUAAAAGAUGUUCCUAUUUUCUGACUGGAUUACUUGGUUUUGAAGAAAACCAUUCUUACUAGUAAGCACAGUAUUCUUUAAGAAAGUUGUCAUUAUUUUGGAAAAUGAAUGGCUUUGUUCAAAGGUUUUAAACCAUGUUUGUUAGUUCACAAUGUUGAGACCAUUUUGUCUAUAAUAAUUCAAACUAAACAUGGCUGCACAAAAGUACAUUUUAUUUCUACAACUUAUACAUGUUAUAAUGAUAAUUUAGCUUAAAUAUUUUUGAGGAUGUUGGAAAACCAUUUUUUAAUUUACUCAUUAUUACUCUAUUUUUUUUUAAAAUUUCUGAUAU